UUCCUGGGUGGUCAUCACAGGCAGGCAGAGCCGUCCCUUCCCCCUGAGACACAGGUGAUGCUUUUGACGCUGUUGAGAGCUGAAGGGCUCUGCGCAGCCCCAUCCCACCGCCUGUCAGAGCCACGCCGUUUGUCCCGAGCCACAAACCCACGGUGGAUGAGUUCAGACUUUGUUUGUACCAAGCCAGGCCGCCCGGCGCUGCGCAAAAUGUUGACAAACUGCUCAUUCUGCAUUUCCUGAGGCUGGUCUCCAUUCCCAGCAGCCCGGCUGCUCUGCUGUUAGCUAAACGCCGCUAAAGCUUCAGCCCCGGAGGGAUCUUCCUCUGUGGGAGCUCGGAGAAAAAAAUGUGAAGUGCGUUACACCCCCCUCAGCGAGCUGCUUUAACACAUCUCUUUCCUGAUUUCUUUCCUCCUAUUUUUAUACACACACACAAAUUCAGCAGAAGGCAGACCUGUGCCUGCUCAGAGCCUCUCUUUCUGUAGCUCACCCGAGCCUGGAGGGAAAGCAACGCGAUUUCCACCUGGAGCCGGAGGGGCAGAGGGGCUGCCACCAGCACAUCUGUUCCCCUGAUUCUGCCGUUGGAGGAAGCCGGUCAUGGGGGAAACAGGCAGAGAAGAGUAUAAAAUACAGUCGUUUGACACCGAGACUCAGAAGCUGCUGAAAACAGCACUCAAAGACCCCAGCAGCGUGGACCUGGACAAAGUGGCCAAUAUUAUAGUGGACCAGUCCCUCAAAGACUGUGUGUUCAGCAAGGAGGCAGGGCGCAUCUGCUACACCAUCAUCCAGGCAGAGAGCAAACAAGUGGGCCAGAGCGUCUUCCGGAGGAGCCUGCUGAACCGGCUGCAGCAGGAGUACAAGGACAGAGAGGAUCUGCGCACCCGGUCACUGCAGGCAUGGAUCUGCUACGUCACCUUCAUCUGCAACAUCUUCGACUACCUGAGGGUGAACAACAUGCCCAUGAUGGCUCUGGUGAACCCUGUUUAUGACUGUCUGUUCCGACUGGCACAGCCUGACAGCCUACGGAAGGAGGAAGAGGUGGACUGCUUGGUGCUGCAGCUCCAUCGCAUUGGCGAACAGCUGGAGAAGAUGAACUCACAGCGGAUGGAUGAGCUCUUCUCCCUCCUCCGAGAUGGCUUCCUUCUGCAGGAAGGGCUCAGCUCCCUGUCCCAGCUCCUGCUGCUGGAGAUCAUCGAGUUUCGGGCCGCCGACUGGAAGAUGACAGACGCUGCCCAGAAAUACUAUUAUAGCGAAGUGACAGAUUAACCCCUCUGUGGCAGAGGUGGAGAGAUGUCCCCAGCACUUUCACCAGCAAGCUUCAUACCAAGUUUGAAUUUCUUCUCAUAUUAAUGUUUUUCUAGCACUUCCUGUAAAUAGGAUUUAUACUGGCUAGAGCCUCUGGGCACACAACUAUCAGUAUCAGUCUGCAACUGGUGCUAGCCUGACUCUGGAUGUUUAGAGAGGUGGGAAGGGUAGGGCACGUUUAAGCCAGCAAGUUCUUCCACUCAUUUUGUUUAAUGAUGUGCAGCUGCCAGCAAAAGGCAAGGAAGGCUUCUAGCUCAAACCAGCAUUUUAUACAACUGUUAAGGAAAGCACAGUUUAGGCUGCAAGCAUUUUGGUUCGCCCAAGAGCCAGCAGAGCUGAAGGAGGCAGAGGGGAAAUCUUUCACAGCUCACAGUCCCAAACAGGUUGUAUCUGGUCAUCUGGGACAAGUUACAGAAAGUACUGUGGUCGGAUGUCUCACAAACAGCUCAUCCAAGUGCUACAUUUCCCUCCUUCCAGCACGCUGGCAGCACCUGCAUGCAACACAGCCUUCACCACUGGUCACUAGCCACCACAACCUGCCACGGGGCAGCCUGCAGCAGGACAGGUCCCUGAGCACAUGUAGCUAGAAACAGGUUUUAUAAAUUUUAUACAGUGACUGUUUUUUCAAAAUUUAGUGAGUUUCAAAUACAGUAUGUUUCUUACGAGAAUAAGAAUGGGAGAGGAAGAAAGAAACCAAAAUAGUUUAAAUAAAUGGUUUUUUUUCUAAUAAAAGUUUUCCACUAA